AGCACCAACUAGACGACUUGACUUUGCAGCCAUGGACCUUAGAGCUGACAAACUGACAUCAUGCCACUGAUGGCCCCCGGCCGCUGGCUCCUGCUCCUGUGUGGGCUGCCUGCUCUGUGGGCACAGGACUACAGAAGACACCAAGAGAAGGGGGUGACCUCCAGGAGGAACAGUCGGCAGUACUCGUCCAAUUACGUGCCAAAUAACGGCCAACUGCCUACAGAAGACGGCUGCAGUGUGGAAUUAGCCUUUUUGAUUGACAGCUCGGAGAGCGCCAAGGACAACCACGCCCAGGAGAAGCAGUUCGCCUCGGACGUGACCGAGCUGCUGCAGGGACUGCGCCUGCCGAGCGGCCGCGGCCUCGCCAGCCGCGCCGCCCUCCUCCAGUACAGCAGCCACGUCAUCGUGGAGCAGACCUUCGCCCAGUGGCGAGGCCCCGACGCCUUCAAGGCCCGCGUGGCCCCCAUGACUUACAUCGGCCACGGCACCUACACCACCUACGCCAUCACCAACCUCACCCGGCUCUACCAGGAAGAGUCGCCCGCCGCUGCCGUCAAGGUGGCCGUCCUGCUCUUCGACGGCGUCUCGCACCCGAGGAACCCGGACAUAUUGGCGGCCGUGACCGACGCCAAGAACCAGGGCGUUCACUUCUUCGCCGUCGGUAUCACGCCCGAAGCCAAGGAGCCCGCCAACAUCGCCCAGCUGCGGCUAAUUGCUAGCUCGCCGGCCUCGCGCUACCUGCACAACCUGCAGGACAGAGGCAUCGUGGAAACGGUCAUCCAUGAAAUCAUAACCCUGGCAGACGAAGGGUGUCCCCUUCUUCACAGCCUGUGUGCCUGCGAGAAGGGAGAGCGGGGGUCCGGCGGCCCUGCGGGCAAGAAGGGUCGUCCUGGAGAAGAUGGCAGCCCAGGAUCCAAGGGACAGAAGGGCGAAAGUGGGCUCAGCGGACUCCCAGGUCGGGAUGGCACGGAGGGAAAAGCAGGAUACAAAGGAGAGCAGGGAGAGAGAGGAGAGUGUGGCACACCUGGGAUUAAAGGAGACCGAGGCCCUGAAGGCACCAUUGGUCCCAGAGGGAAUCGUGGACUUCAGGGCUUGCUUGGACCUCCUGGUGAUGUCGGACCCGAAGGUGUCAUUGGUAAAAAAGGGGAACGGGGACUUCCUGGUCCACCUGGAAUCCAAGGUGAAACAGGGUUUGGCCUUCCGGGACAAAAGGGCAAUGUCGGGUUCCAGGGUCAAAUGGGGCUUCCGGGUCCAGUGGGUCUUGGCGAGCCUGGACCACCAGGGCCUCAGGGGCCACAGGGGGUCCAAGGAGAGCGGGGGCCUUUAGGAGAAGGCUUCCCUGGCUCAAAGGGGGAGCGAGGCCUGGAGGGGCCCCGGGGCCCCAGAGGACUGGCGGGUAUUGGAAUGAAAGGAGACAAGGGCGAGUUGGGCCCUUCGGGUCCUGCGGGGCUCCUCGGCCCGCCAGGUGCGGGCAUCCAGGGCGAGAAGGGCGUCGCAGGUCCCAGGGGGCCACCGGGGAUAAGGGGCCCGCCAGGAGAAGGCCUGCCUGGACCCAAGGGAGACCAGGGGCUCCCAGGUGAGGUCGGCGCUCCAGGACUGACAGGAAGGGGAGAACCUGGAGAUAAGGGGGAGUCAGGAUCACCCGGAUUCUCGGGGUUUCCAGGUGUGCCAGGGGAGGAUGGAGCACCCGGACAAAAGGGCGAGGCAGGAGCAGCGGGUCUCAGGGGCCAAGAAGGGCCACCUGGGAUUGGAACCCAAGGCGAAAAGGGCGACCAGGGUCAAAGGGGAAUAAGAGGCUUGACUGGGCCGCCUGGCAUUAGUGGCCCAUCAGGACCCAAGGGAGCACCAGGAGCUCAAGGCAGGCUUGGUUUACCGGGUCCACCGGGACGCUUUGUUACAGGACCCAAGGGUGACAUUGGACCAAGCGGCCCUCCUGGUCCGAUUGGGGAGACUGGCUAUGGGCUUCCUGGUCCAAAGGGUGACCGUGGAGUUCUGGGCCCUCCAGGUCCAAUUGGUCCGAAAGGAGAAGGUUAUCCUGGACCCAAUGGCCCGCCGGGUCUAACUGGACUUCCAGGAGAACCUGGCCAAGAAGGGAUUGGCAUUCCUGGACCAAAGGGGGAUAUUGGUUUUCGAGGGCUGCCCGGUUUACCAGGACCUCCAGGUGAAGGUCUCCCAGGACCGCAGGGUCACACGGGGCGACCCGGGCCCCUGGGCCCAGUCGGGCUGCCAGGACCUGGAGUCCAAGGACCAAAGGGUGAACAGGGGGUCCAGGGCGUGACAGGACCAAGGGGCCCCCCUGGAGAAGGCUUUCCGGGAGCGAAGGGGGACCGAGGCACCGCAGGGGAGAGGGGUCUGAAAGGCUUGAGAGGCGAGAUGGGUGACCCGGGAAGUCCAGGGCAACCUGGUGGAACUGGUGUCAAAGGAGAAGCGGGCCUUACGAGGGACGACAUCAUACGACUCAUCAAAGAGAUCUGCGGGUGUGGGGUGAAGUGUAAGGAGAAGCCCAUGGAGCUGGUGUUUGUCAUCGACAGCUCAGAGAGCGUCGGUCCGGACAACUUUGAGAUCAUCAAAGACUUUGUCGCCGCCCUGGUGGACAGAGUCACGGUGGGCCGCAACGCCACCCGGAUCGGCCUGGUGCUGUACAGCCUGGAGGUGAAGCUGGUGUUCAACCUGGCCCGCUACAUGAACAAACAGGACAUCAAGCAGGCGGUCAGGAACAUCCCCUACAUGGGCGAGGGCACCUACACGGGCACGGCCAUCCGCAAAGCCACCCAGGAGGCCUUCUACAGCUCGCGCCUGGGCGUGGGCAAAGUGGCCAUCGUGAUUACCGACGGACAGGCGGACAAGCGGGAGCCGGUGAAGGUGGACAUCGCCGUGCGUGAAGCCCACGCCGCCAACAUCGAGAUGUUUGCCCUCGGUAUCGUCAACACUUCGGACCCCACGCAGGCAGAGUUCCUCCGAGAGCUCAAUCUGAUCGCAUCCGACCCCGACGCCGAGCACAUGUUCCUCAUCGAUGACUUCAACACCUUGCCAGCUCUGGAAUCCAAGUUGGUCAGCCGGUUCUGCGAGGACGAGAAUGGAGCCCUGAUAUAUAACAGAAUCACCAACGGAAACAACGGUGACAAUGGGAGGUAUGCCAUAGGGGGCUAUGGGUACCAGCCUGCCGUUGAGCAGAACCCCAGCCAGAGAGGACCCAGUAAAGGACAGCAAGGGUACGUGGAGACCACGCAAUGGGGGACUGAACGCGGGGACACUUUUAACCGCGUCAACACAGACUUCGGGCCUUCCUCUAGAGAAGAGUCCGUCCCAUCUUCUACUGUCAAUGUAACAUCUGGCCAGUCCAGGCCUUCUCUUCCCAAAGAGACCACGCUCCCGGACCCUCGCUGCGCCUUGCCCCUGGAUCCGGGCUCGUGCCGCGACUACAGCAUCCACUGGUACUACGACAAGCAGGCCAACGCCUGUGCUCAGUUCUGGUUCGGAGGCUGCAGCGGCAACAGGAACCGCUUUGACACCAAGGAGGAGUGCAAGACGACUUGUGUGCGAGCCACAUCUCAGGGAAGCUGAGUGAAGGAAUCCGUCUGCUAGAUUCUGAUUUUGCUUCGCCAUCUUCAUUCUGCCUACUCAGGAACGAGGCUGUUUAUUUCCUCUCCCCAUGGGAACAGAGUGUUGUUGUUUUUUUUCAUACAGUCUCCGAGUGACAAUUGACUGUCUGCAGGAACGUCAGUUAUACGUCCGACUUUAACUUGUUUUCUUUUAAUGACGUUACACCUUGGACACAGUUUGAUGCCAUUGACCACACAAAUGUUGGAGAAAUUGUUUGUUUUGAUUACAUAGUUAAACUGAUACAGUCAUGUGUCAUGGCUGUCUUGAGUUUCCAAUAAUUUCUACAACUCUUAUUUUUUUGUGAUAGAGUGA